AUCAUAACAUCUUCCGUUCGGCUAAGUAAGUUGGCUUAUUUUAUUUUUUUUAUUCAAAUUUUUUUUAUAUUUAUUAGUUUUUCGUCAAUUUUUUAAAAAUUAUUGCAUCGUCGUAACAAGAAAAAUCUAAAAAGUAAAAAAUUACAAUCGAAACCUAAUUUUUUUGAAAAAUGACAAAAAUAAGUCAUUAACUAAUUUUUUCGUCUUUAUUAAAAAAUUAAAUUUUGAUCAUAAUUUUUUACUUUUUAGAUUUCUCUUGUAUAAUAAUCUCCAAAAAUUUGACGAAAAACUAAUAAAUACGAAUUUUUUUUGAAUAAAGACAAAAAAGAGAAGCCAAUUAGCUUAUUUAGGGUAACAAGUAUACUGUCAUGAUCUUCAAGAAGGCCCCCUGUAUUUAAAUAAACCCUGUUUCUGGAGCAUUCCUGUGCUUAGCGUUUUAACUUUGAGCAAUUGAUCUCCCCCGAGAUUUCCGCAUUCUACUUGAUCAAAAUGUAAUCUUGAUCUUUCCUGCUUAAGUUAUAUACAUAUAUAAAUAUACGUACACAUAAAUUAGACUGGUUGUGAGUAAUUCGUCGACAAGAACAAUGACCGCCGGAGAAGAAAGGAGUAGCGAUUUCUAUGCAGUUCUGGGCUUGAAAAAGGAAUGCUCUACGGCUGAGCUAAGAAAUGCUUACAAGAACCUUGCAAUGAGAUGGCACCCAGAUCGUUGUACAGCUUCUGGAAAUGCAAAGUACAUGGAGGAGGCGAAGAAGAAAUUUCAGGGCAUUCAACAGGCAUAUUCUGUUCUUUCUGACACCAACAAGAGGUUUCUGUACGACGUUGGAGUCUACGAUAGCGAUGAUGACCAAAAUGGUAUGGGUGAUUUUCUCAAUGAAAUGGUAGAUAUCAUGUGCCAAGACGAUUGUAACGAAAAUGGGGAGGAGAGCUUUGAGGAGUUGCAGGAGCUGUAUGAGGAACUGUUUCAGAGUGAUAUUGAAGCAUUUGGUUCCACCUCUCCGAUUGUGAACCCUUCUUCCUGUUCAUCAUCUUCAUAUGCCUCUUGUGGCGAGAGCUCCGAUGCUUCCAACAAGCGUAAUUCCUCUGAAAUGUACUCAGGAAGGGCCACAAAUGAUUCUGGAUUUGAUGCCCAUUUUGAGGGAUUUUGCUUUGGGACAGGCGGAGGAAAAUCCCAAGAAGAGGGGAAAAGCAGCAGCAGGAGGAGGAAAUUCCAAUGGGAGGAGCCGUAACUAGGCAGCAUGGCAGGAAACAGAAGGUUUCAUCUGGCCAUGACGUCUCCUCAGGUGACUAUUACUCUAGUAUUUAUGCUUACGUUGCGAUGGCUAGUUCACCAAUUGAUUCAAAUCUACCCAUACAGUUCCAAGUUCAACAUGACUUCACAAUUUACGUAGAUGAAGAUGCCCAGACAACUCGGUCAGCAAGAUUGCCUGAUAUGUAAGGCGCAAAUCAGCAUUUGAUGGAUUGUAACUAGCCAUUUCAACUUCUAAGUUUAAAUAGUUCCGUUGUAGGAAGGUUGUGAUGUAGUUCUUUCGUUUGAUUGUGAGUUGCAAUAUUUAUCUCCUUUUUACCCCUUC